CAAAGUGUACAGUACGAGAUGGGAUGUGACGCUUCUCCCCGCGGUGGAUUGUGGGAUUUUUUUACAGACACAGCCUAGUCUUCCCAGUUUACACAGAAAAGAGCUUGAGAGAAAAACACAGUAGACAUAUUGCUGUGAGGUGAAAUUUUGCUGACCUCAACCAGGAUGUCUAGCAGAGGAGGUAAAAAGAAGACAACAAAAACUUCCAGGUCUGCAAAGGCUGGGGUCAUUUUUCCUGUGGGCAGAAUGCUGCGUUACAUUAAAAAAGGACACCCUAAAUACAGAAUUGGAGUUGGUGCACCAGUGUACAUGGCUGCUGUACUGGAAUAUCUGACUGCGGAGAUUCUGGAACUUGCAGGAAAUGCAGCAAGAGACAAUAAAAAGGGAAGGGUUACGCCAAGGCACAUCCUUCUUGCUAUAGCAAAUGACGAGGAAUUAAAUCAGCUUUUAAAAGGAGUCACAAUAGCCAGUGGUGGUGUUUUACCAAAUAUUCAUCCAGAAUUAUUAGCAAAGAAGCGCGGAUCCAAAGGAAAACUGGAAGCUAUCAUUACUCCACCACCAGCGAAGAAAGCCAAAACAUCUUUGCCUAAAAAAGUGUUGUCAAAGAAACCUGGGUCUAGAAAAGGAAUGAGGAAAUCUAAGAAGAAGCAAGGAGAAGUCAGCAAAGCAGCAAGUGCAGACAGUACAACAGAAGGAACACCAGCAGAUGGGUUCACUGUUCUGUCUACAAAAAGCCUUUUCCUUGGACAAAAGCUGAACCUAAUUCACAGUGAAAUCAGUAAUUUAGCAGGAUUUGAGGUGGAGGCUGUUAUCAACCCUACCAAUGCUGACAUUGACCUUAAAGACGAUAUAGGUAAUGCCUUAGAAAAAAAAGGUGGAAAAGAAUUUGUGGAAGCAGUUAUCGAAAUGAGGAAAAAGAAUGGACCUUUGGAUAUAGCAGGGGCUGCUGUGACUUCCGGCCAUGGAUUGCCUGCAAAGUUUGUUAUCCACUGUAAUAGCCCCAGGUGGGGCUCGGAUAAAUGUGAAGAACUUCUGGAAAAGACGGUAAAGAAUUGUCUAGCAUUGGCAGAUGAGAAGAAAAUUAAAUCGAUUGCAUUUCCUUCAAUUGGCAGCGGAGGAAAUGGAUUUCCAAAGCAAACAGCUGCACAGCUUAUUCUGAAGGCUAUUUCCAACUAUUUCGUGUCUACAAUGUCAUCCUCAAUCAAGACUGUGUACUUUGUGCUUUUUGACAGUGAGAGCAUAGGCAUAUACGUGCAGGAAAUGGCAAAAUUAGAUGCCAACUAGGCCUUUAUUGCCAAAAUCAUUCAACAGUUCCCAUCACAGAGAUACUAUCCCUAGCUUUUUGUGAGACUGCACCAUAAUUGAAGAAAAAACACGCUCAUUUGGGAAAGCAAAGAUUACAUUUUGACCUUUCUAAAAUAUGUUGCAUUGGCACAGCUAGAUGACAUUACUGUUAAUGCACUAGAUCCGAGGCAUUGUCCAAACUUAGUGUAAUUUAGAAUAUUUUAUAGUUUUAUUUUACCAAGGUAUGAAAUUAUAAAGAUUGUCGUUGGGAGUAUAUUUUCUUUUAUAUGUGACUGAAAUGGAAGAUAUAUUUUGUAAAUGUGUGUUGUGGUGCUUUACUGUACAUCAAGUGAUAUUAUUUUCUCCAUUAAUGAAAUACAGAGUUGUGUUACCUAUUGUCUUACUCAAAUAACUUUUUUGUUUUUAUUAUAUUUGCAAAUUAUUAUUGAUGUGCAUUGCAUUAUUAAAAUUGUUAUGAAUGAG